CCAUGAUCACCCGAUAACACCACCGCUCCUGUGCACGCCGCACCAAUAUCACUCCGACUACCUUCUUCAGCAUGGCCGACAAGACUCCCGUCAAUCCAGCUGCUGCCGCGGCAGAGGAGCUGUACAAGACGGUCAUGUCGCAGUCUCAGGACGAGAAAGGCGGCUUCACUGUCGUCUUCACGCAGCAGGAGCUCUUCGAAAUCGCGCCCGAGUCCGUGACGGAUAAAAAGGACAUGCUCCCACUCAUCAAAUACCUGACUGGGCAGCAUCUCUUCCGUACGCUGAAAACCGCAGACAGAGGCCUGGGUUGGUCGGUUCGCCCACGAGAAGCUGCUAAAGCGAUCAAGGCGCUGGAUAAGGAUGAACGGAUGGUAUACGAGGUCAUUGAGGCGAGCCAUACCACGGGAAUAUGGCUCAAGUCGAUCAAGAACAAGCUGAAUGGGAUUGCUCAGCCAGUGGUAGCCAAGAUCACCAAGACGCUGGAGAGUCAGAGGUUGAUUAAGCCCGUGAAAAGUAUCAAGGCUCCGGCGCAGAGAGUGUUCAUGCUCUUUCACCUGGUUCCUAGCGAGGAUGUCACUGGCAACUCGUUCUUCGAUGCGGGCGAUUUAGAUGAGUCAUUUCGCGACGAAUUGCUCAAUCUUAUUGUCUUUUGGGUGAGAUCGCAGAGUUGGGCAGAAGGCGAGAGGAAGAGACACCGAAGAAAGUCGAGCAAUAAAAAGGAGAUCACGCUGAGGGAGGACGCGAUCGUGAUUGAAGAACCAGCGAAUGAAAUUGCUGUAACAGGACAGAAGAGGAAAAGACCGGCUACGGACAUCGAGGAAUUGUCUGUGAAACCUCGCUAUCAGAGGUCGCACAAGUUUGAUCCGGAAACUGACUUUGCGCAACUUACCUACCGCGCCGGAACAGAGUCAUAUCCUACAGCUGAGAAGAUUCACAUCUUCUUGACUUCGUCGGAUGCCAUUAAAGCUACCAAGUCUGCCUCGCUCACUGUACAGGAAGUUCAAGGCUGUCUUGACGUAUUGGUGUGGGAUGACAAGCUGGAGAAAGUUUGGAAUGUCGAAGACGGGAAUUGGGGCUAUCGGACGAGGAGAGGUGUCACUUUCAGACAGCCCGGUCAGACUUUCGACAUUGAAGAGGAUGCUGUGGGGACCGGGCUGACGCAGGCGCCUUGUGGGAGAUGUCCAGUCUUUGAUGUCUGCAGAGACGGUGGGCCUGUCAACCCUCAAACUUGUGUUUAUUUUGAUGCUUGGCUGCAGGAUUGAAGUCGACGUGCUUUUUUACAAACCAGGAAUGGAUGAAAUGAUCAACCAGGAACAAAGGGCCAGCAGCGAAUGUCGGCCUUGAUAAAAACGCGAAGAAAGCGAUAUGAUUUGGUAUGACUUUAGCGACGGCGUUGAUGGAACUGUGAUACCGAUAGUGGGCGGACAAAAAUAUUGCCCGCGUCAUGUACUCUUCCC